AUGGAUCUCUUCAUCAACUUGGAGGUUGAACAGGAGGAACUUUUAUGGCUCAAUUGGUGCCGAAUGUUCCUCCAGGUAUGCACAGUGUCUGACAUUGUGACUGCUGAUGGCAGGUUUAUUCGUCGCUCCGCGUGGAAUGGGUUCAGGGAUGAGUGCUGCCGCUCGCCAUACCAAUGGCCAAGGACAGUUCGCCCAACAAGGCAACACUGGGACCUGUGGCAGACCACCUUGUCCAGAGCCCUGCUUGCCUCCAACGGGCCACAUCACCCACUACAACAGCCCUUGGGGCCAUGGACUGACCGUCUGGAGGACUGGAAUCGGUUACUGUCCCCCACCACAGGCCUUUUCCACCGCCAUGGGACAACCUGGAAACACUUUUGCUCUGAGGGCUCCCACACCACGUCACGUCGCUACGCACCAGGACCGUCCCAUCCUUCCUGCCCAUGGUGGACUGCACCGCUUCCUUCUGACGUUCUUCGUGCUACGGUUCGCUCCAUCACAGGAUCUGACAGGGUUCUUCUCACCGGUACUGGCCGUGCCUCUGAACCGUCUUCUUCCUCCAGCCCAUCCAUCCUUCACGCGUGGCAGACGGCUGCCGAGCUCUGCACGGACUAUUACGGGUGGGUCCCCAAUGAGAUCGAGGUUCACGGUGACGAAGCCACCUUAGCUGAUGCUCUGUUGGACGGUCGCCUUCGUGUGAUCAGCGAUGGAUCCUUCAAGAACGAGUUGGGGACUGCAGCGGUUCAAAUCCUGGUGAAGCAUGGAGGAUGCCAUCGAAUCAUCAUCCGUUGUCAGACUCCCGGUUUGCCCCAGGACCAGAGUCCAUACCGCAGCGAGAUCAUUGGUCUGUUGGCCGGUAUAAUGGCGGUCGAUUGGCUCCUUGAGCAAUGGUUCCCAACCCUUUUGACUGGCCCCAAGGUGCGGAUUGCUUGCGAUGGCCUCUCUGCUAUUGAGAUGGCUUUCGAAGAUCGUCCACUGUCUCCAACUGAUGCCCAGUUUGACCUGGUAUCGUCCGUUCGGGAAGCGAUCCUUCGGUCCUCGGUGGAUUGGGCGCCCCAGCAUGUGUAUGGACACCUCGACAAGUCCAAUCUCUAUGACGAACUUUCUUGGUGGGAGAAACGGAACCUUGAGGUGGAUGGUAUGGCGGUGGAGUACCGUAAGGAACUUGAGACGGCCAAUCAUCGUAUAGCCCCCAACCCUCGUUUUUUCACUGAACUUGCGGCAAUGUACGUGGCCGACACCAAACAGUCACGCCUUGAUCCCCGGUUCAUCCAAGAGUGUGUGACUCUUCCGGCCCUACGCUCCCGCUGGAGUGACAAAGGUACUAUCUCCAUUGAAGCCGAGUCUGAGAUUGCCUGGGACACAAUGGGUCGUGCCAUGCGAUCUCUUCCUGCGGGACUACAAAGGUGGUCUACUAAACAUUGUGUGGGCAUGUGA